AGGAUUGUGCAAUGCCGAAGAGAGAAAAUUCUGCUUUCUUGCAUCGUAUCAACUUUAGUUGUUUACCUUUGCCUUCGCUCACGAAAUCGGGACUUCAAGGAACCUUAUCGGUUCACCAUUUACUACAAUGCAGUGUGUUCUCACCCCAAGGGCGGCUUUGUUUCCGGUGACGUAUUAGUCAUGGUCAAAUCAACGCCAAAUCAUUCCCGUCACCGGGAAGCAAUCCGAUCAACAUGGGCUAACCCGUGCUGGACGGAGCGAUAUAAAAAGCGAUACAAGGUAUUGUUUAUCAUGGGUACACAUAUCGAGGAAGACCACAGUAUCGUUCACAGUCACCUGCAGUUGGAAUUUCACAAUAAUCGGGAUAUUGUCCAGUACGACUUUCCAGACACGUAUAAAUUGACCACCAGGAAACUCUUGGCCGCGUGGUCAUUCGCAAGGCUGGCUUGCCCUUUGUUUCGCUACGUGCUCAUCGUGGACGAAGAUUUUCUUAUCAGUCCUGACUUAGUGAUGAAGACAGCACUACAAGUACCAGAACGAGAGUACAAGGAUUACAUCGGUGGUCAUCUGUAUCCAAGGAGCAAACCAUAUCGUAACAACAGGAGCAGGUACUACAUUGCACAUGAAGAGUAUCCUUAUCCGGUCUUCCCUCCAUUCCUCGCUGGAGGCUUCAUGCUAAUCUCCAUGCCUGUGGCUACGCGGUUGCUAGAUAAUAUGGUCAAAACACAAAUCUUCCUCCCACUGGAUGACGUCACCGUUGGAUUGGCUUUGCGACGAAUAGAUGUGAAACCGCAACAUAUCAGAAACAUUUGCCUUCAUGAUUAUAACUGUAAACAUGUGGCGCAUAAAGCAAGGAUUGGAGUACACGGAUUUUCAGACCCCCAACAUUUACUACGAGAUUGGAAGCGAUUACAACUGGGUGCAGCUUGCUAAGUAGUAGAAUGCAGAUCUCAAUCAAGAAACAACACAUUUAGUCGCCAUUGAAGCGAUUUGUUGAACACUGAUGUGAGUAUAGCACUGAAUUUCUAAUGGAAACAUGUAAUUAGG